AUUGGUAAUUUGGGAGACUACAUUCACCAGUAUUGCCGAAAUGUAAUGAAUCAAGCUUGGCUUCUAUUAUGUACGUGUCUUGAAGGAGGGGAUAUGCCCUUGAAAGCUGCUUCAUUGAUAGCUUUGUCUUCAUUUGUAGAUGCUUGUGGCCUACCUAGAGACUCAUUGAGACUGGACUAUAUGCUACAGUGUGUAGAGGGAGCGUAUGUUUUGGCAGUGUCAAGAAUUAAAGUCAAAGGUACUGAGUCCACUGAAGAUAGUCCUAAUAAUUGUCAGAUGGAUAUUGAAAAUGAUGACGCUCCAUCUUUUGAACUUUCUCUUGCAAAUCUGAUACAGUGUCUAAAGCCCUGUCUUCCGUCUUUGCUGAAGGUCUUCCAAGAGGAGUUGAUUUUAAAAUUGUCAAAAGUCUUCAAGUACCAGGGACCCUUGAAAACAUGUCAGGGUUACUGAGGAAGGCUGUGCUGGAGUGUUGCAGUGUAGUGAUGGAUUUACCCAAAGAAAACCUACAGUGUAGAGGGUUAAUCUCAGCUUUCGAGUUCUGCAUAAACGAUCAUUUAAUGAGUCCUGAGGUUGCAGGUAUAAUACUGAAGAAGUUGGUGAAUUAGAUCUACUGGAAGCUCUUCCAACAGACUGUGUUGCUCCUGAU